AUGGCCGAUUGGUUACGGUACUUGAGGCGCCGUGGGACUCACCAGCCGGCCACGACUUGCUGCAGAUCUUUGCUGCUGCUGGCGGCCCGGACGCCCGCGCCUGCCCGCCCACACCGUCAGCCCGCGCCGUCAGCCCUACACCACCUCCCGCCCACACCGUCAGCCCGCGCCGUCAGCCCUACACCACCGCCCGCCCACACCGUCAGCCCGCGCCGUCAGCCCUACACCACCGCCCGCCCACACCGUCAGCCCUACACCACCUCCCGCCCACACCGUCAGCCCGCGCCGUCAGCCCUACACCACCGCCCGCCAACACCGUCAGCCCUACACCACCUCCCGCCCACACCGUCAGCCCGCGCCGUCAGCCCUACACCACCGCCCGCCCACACCGUCAGCCCGCGCCGUCAGCCCUACACCACCGCCCGCUCACACCGUCAGCCCGCGCCGUCAGCCCUACACCACCGCCCGCCCACUCAUUAUACCCAUUACCCAGAUGACUCUAUAAGAUUAUCCCUCCAGACUCCGCGUCAACUCCAGGACUACCCUCUGGAAGCUCCAGGGUCCGCACCAGCUCCAGGACUACCCUCUGGAAGCUCCAGGGUCCGCACCAGCUCCAGGACUACCCUCUGGAAGCUCCAGGGUCCGCACCAGCUCCAGGACUACCCUCUGGAAGCUCCAGGGUCCGCACCAGCUCCAGGACUACCCUCUGGAAGCUCCACGGUCCGUUCCAGCUCCAGGACUACCCUCUGGAAGCUCCAGGGUCCGCACCAGCUCCAGGACUACUCUCUGGAAGCUCCAGGGUCCGCACCAGCUCCAGGACUACUCUCUGGAAGCUCCAGGGUCCGCACCAGCUCCAGGACUACCCUCUGGAAGCUCCAGGGUCCGCACCAGCUCCAGGACUACCCUCUGGAAGCUCCAGGGUCCGCACCAGCUCCAGGACUACCCUCUGGAAGCUCCAGACUCCGUACCAGCUCCAGGACUACCCUCUGGAAGCUCCAGGGUCCGCACCAGCUCCAGGACUACCCUCUGGAAGCUCCAGGGUCCGCACCAGCUCCAGGACUACCCUCUGGAAGCUCCAGGGUCCGCACCAGCUCCAGGACUACCCUCUGGAAGCUCCAGGGUCCGCACCAGCUCCAGGACUACCCUCUGGAAGCUCCAGGGUCCGCACCAGCUCCAGGACUACCCUCUGGAAGCUCCACGGUCCGUACCAGCUCCAGGACUACCCUCUGGAAGCUCCAGGGUCCGCACCAGCUCCAGGACUACCCUCUGGAAGCUCCAGGGUCCGCACCAGCUCCAGGACUACCCUCUGGAAGCUCCAGGGUCCGCACCAGCUCCAGGACUACCCUCUGGAAGCUCCAGGCUCCGCACCAGCUCCAGGACUACCCUCUGGAAGCUCCAGGGUCCGUACCAGCUCCAGGACUACCCUCUGGAAGCUCCAGGGUCCGCACCAGCUCCAGGACUAUCCUCUGGAACCUCCAGACUCCGCACCAGCUCCAGGACUAUCCUCUGGAAGCUCCAGACUCCGCACCAGCUCCAGGACUACCCUCUGGAAGCUCCAGACUCCGCACCAGCUCCAGGACUAUCCUCUGGAAGCUCCAGACUCCGCACCAGCUCCAGGACUACCCUCUGGAACCUCCAGACUCCGCACCAGCUCCAGGACUACCCUCUGGAAGCUCCAGACUCCGCACCAGCUCCAGGACUACCCUCUGGAACCUCCAGACUCCGCACCAGCUCCAGGACUACCCUCUGGAAGUUCCAGCACCACCAAUAGCUCCAGAAUCUGGAGCGCUGGGAGCUUCAGCCUCCUCUCCCGCCCUACCCAGAUACCAACACAAAGUCCUCUGUACCUCUGGAAUUAGUUGCUACUUUGCCAAAUUAAUAUCGUGUAGAAUUAGGAAAGACCUGGCCCUCACGAAGCCAAAUAUCAGCCCUCACAAAGCCUCAUUUCAGCCCUCACGAAGCGAAAUAUCAGCCUUCACGAAGCCUCAUAUCAGCCCUCACGAAGCCUCAUCAGCCCUCAGAAAGCAUCAGCAGCCCUCACGAAGCCUCAUCAGUCCUCACGAAGCCUCAUCAGUCCUCACUAAGCCUCAUAUCAGCCCUUACGAAGCCUCAUCAGCCCUCAGAAAGCAUCAGCAGCCCUCACGAAGCCUCAUCAGUCCUCACGAAGCCUCAUCAGCCCUCAGAAAGCAUCAGCAGCCCUCACGAAGCCUCAUCAGUCCUCACGAAGCCUCAUCAGCCCUCAGAAAGCAUCAGCAGUCCUCACGAAGCCUCAUCAGUCCUCACGAAGCCUCAUCAGCCCUCAGAAAGCAUCAGCAGCCCUCACGAAGCCUCAUCAGUCCUUACGAAGCCUCAUCAGCCCUCAGAAAGCAUCAGCAGUCCUCAUGGAGCCUCAUAUCAACCCUCACGAAGCCUCAAAUCUCUGCUGCAAUCUCUGGCCUUUCAUCUGAGAAGGAAAUUGAAUAUAGUCUUCAUAGUUUAAGUUACUUAUCUAAACGCCCUGAGGCAUUUCAGCAAGUCCUCAGAGAUGCAGGCGAAUACAAGAUGAUGAAACUGCAGUGUUGA